CCGCAAACACAGGCGCCCGAAGGGGGCGGGGCAGGCCAGGAUUGAGACCGGGGCGCCCGCGAGGGCGGGCAGAGCCGAGAUCGAGACUGCGGGGCCCGCGAGGGCGAGCGAAGGCGAGAUCGCGACUUCAGAGGCCAAAGCGAUUAAGGGUGACGAAGCGACCGUCACCGACGAGCCGAACUGGGUGUGCGAGGUUGGGCAGGCGCAGCGGGAUCUGAAGGGUGAGGACUGCUUCGACACAAGGCGCGUGACGCUGAGCGGAGAGGACGUUGCCGUCAUUAUGGUGGCUGACGGCCACGGCGGCAGCGCCGCCUCGCGGCACUGCCGCAAGCACCUCCUCGAUUACUAUAUUGCGGCGGCGGGAGACGGGUCGGCCGCGUCGUUGCUCGGGGCGGGCGCGACGGCGUGUCAGCAGGUGCAUGAGGAGGUGAAGCGGAUCACCAAUGCGGGUUCGACGGUGACGAUCAUCGCGCUCAACCUCACGCGAGGCGAGCUGGCCGUCGUGAACCUCGGCGAUUCGGAGGCGUGGCUCGUUCCCCCGUCUGGCUCAAGUGUGCGCCUCUCCGAGGACCACCGGCUCGACACCUCCGAGCCGGAGCGCGCGCGCGUCCGCGGCAUGGGCGGACACCUCAGCCACGCGAGGAACCGCGCCGGCGACCCGGCGGGCCCUCUCCGCCUUUGGCCGGGCGGCGUCGCGCAGGCGCGCAGCGUCGGCGACGCCGACGUCGGCGAUUACAUCCUCGCGCGCCCGUACGUGCGGAGCCUCUGCGUGCCUACCGGGGGGUGCGACGUCGUGGUCGCCAGCGACGGCAUCUGGGACGCCCUCUACUCCAGCGCGGUCGCCAGCAGCCUACGCUCCAUGAGGCGACAGUCAGCGUCGCUAGCCGCCACCGCCAUCAUCGAUGGGGCCAUCAACCAGAGGCAUGCAUACGAUUGUCACGGCUACCUUCAGCCGCGAGACGACACCACUAUCCUCGUGAUGCGCAUACGAAGGAGCAACAGCGCCGCUGAUGUUGCCGGUGGUGGCGCGAGCUCGGGCGGUGGCUGCGGGUGCGUGGUCAGCUAGGCUCCGCGCGUUUGUAACAUUUCGAUCAUGACUGCUUGCCUGAUCUCUGUAUUUGCGCGUGUGUUGUCAACACACCACACACACAGUGUUUCCUGAGUCUUUCUUUAAGUCUCGCUGGUCGCUGCUGGUGUGAGUUGUCAGUUGACUCGUCGUACUUUACUCUUUACGGCUUUCUAGUUG